AUGACCACCAAAGGCACCAUCCCCAACAUUCCAAGCAAACGCGGUUCCUCAGCCCUCCAAAUGGGGCCUCAGAAAAAAGUUUCCUCAUCCGAUCCGCUUGUCUCCCAUGGACGCCACUUUGGUCGAAUGGUCUUUGCACUCUGUAAUUAUCCUUCCUUACUCACCAACGGUAUCCUGAGACUAGAACAGUUGGAGGAUAGUCCGUUGGAGGAUUUCUCUGCUGAAGAGCGGCGGGAACAUCAUGUCUUUGAGCAACUGUUAGACUCAUAUCCUGGACUCCUUGAGCGAUUAAAAGAUGGAUCUGAGGAGCAAAUCCUCCAUGUUGGAGAGCUGAUUGGCAAAGGAGCCACAGGUGCUAGAGGUGACAACACCAAGACACUGAAGACGAAAGAGAACCUGCGAAGUGGCGAAAUGCUGGUGUGUGGAGACCAAUGGCCUAUCUUUUUGUAUGCCAACCACGUUUAUGACCCUGAAGAUCCAUGGUGCGGUCUUCUUAGGAGCCGCUUGCUAAUAUAUGCCUACAAACAUGUUUUCACAUCUCCAAGUUCGGUCGACAGGGAGCCGAAAGCUACGUGUUCCGGAAAUGCUCGCCUCCAUGGCAUGAAUUCAGUCACAAUAGCUUCCCUUGCUUAUAUCGCAACUCAGGUGCAAUUUGCUCUAAGCUCAUCCUCAGUGUUCUUGUGGACCGACACAUCCACAGACUCGGAAACAUUUUAUCAUAGCCUACUCGAUCUCUUGGAAGACCCCGAGGAAUGUCAGGAGGUUGAUGAGCUACUGAUUUGGUGGAACCGCCAAGUUCUUCCUGCCUCCUCUGCUGCCAAGAGACCUAUCAGUGCUAACAGCGCCCUAUCCAAGAUCCGACAACAACGCAUUGCCCUCAAACAAGCUACAAAUACUCACAUUGUCUCCUCAUAG